ACCUCUCACCCUCAGACCGCAGGCAUGUUCAACACACGGCUGUUGUCGUCUGUGGUGCUGGUGCUGCUCGGAGUGGUGCUAGGCGUCAACGUGGCGGUGUUUAUGAUCUCCUCCUCCUCGGGCUACUGUGCUCACGACCCGUCGGAGACCUUUACCGCCUCCUCGCGGAGUCAGGGUGGAGGUGCUGGGAUGAAGAGCCCUGCAGCGGCGGCAGCGAGGAAGCUAGAGUCGCCGUCGGGGGAUCCGCUGGCGUCGGCCGUGCCGGUGACGCCAAAGGUGGCAGCAGAAAUGGCGGCCAGAGCGCACGCCACGCCUUGCCGCUACGGCGACGACAUGGUUACCUUUAAGGGCGAGCGCAACGAGCCGCUCUACCACCAGUACUGCACCGGCCUGGUGGUGCCGACAGAAGAGCAUCGCAAAAAGUAUGCUGCGCUCGAGGCCGUGCUGGAAAAGGUAGCCAUCAACCGCGAGGUGCUGGUGGCGGUGUCGGACGUCAACCCGCUCCGCGGCGGCAUGCUCAAGCUGUGGAUCGACGGCGUGCUCCGUGCCGGUGUCAAGAACUACCUCAUCGUCACUUUGGACGACGAGCUGACCAAGUACUGCAAGGAGAACAACAUCAACCACUACUACCGCAAGACGGUGGCGUCCAAGGCCCAGGCCGACCUCGGCGGCAACCACCGAGUGUCGGGCAUGAAGUUCCAGAUUCUCAAGGACUUUCUGCUCCUUGGCUACCACGUCUUCCUCUCUGACGUUGACAUCAUUACUCUCCACGACCCGUUCCCCUACCUCUACCGUGACGUCGACGUCGAGUCGCUCUCCGACGGCUUUAACGACGCCACGGCCUACGGCUUUGACGACGUCUUUGACGACCCGGCUAUGGGCUGGGCCCGCUUUGCCCACACCUACCGCCAGUUUGUCUACAACUCGGGCCUUUUCUUCAUCCGCGCCACCUAUACCUCGGUCGAGCUCGUCGACCGCGUCGCCGCUUGGCUCGAGGCCGAGAAGGCCUGGGACCAGGCCGUCUUCAACCUGGUCAUCUUCAAGCCCUCGCACGGCCAGUACGUCGGUCUCAACCCCUCGACACGUGUCCUCGAUCCCUACGUCUUCAUGAACUCGAAGACCUUCUUCACCAUCGUCCGCCACAACCCAACCCUCCUCAAGCGCGCCGAGAAGACCCUCUCCAUGGCCCACGUCAACUACCACCCGGACAAGUUUGAGCGCCUUAAGGGCCUCUGGGCCUACUUUGUCGAGGGCAAGAAGGACGCCAUCUCGCUCGAGCGCUUCCCCAACGGCUCCGAGACUCCCGAGCGCCUCGCGGAGAUCCGCAAGGAGGAAGAGCGCAAGCGCAACGGUGGCCGCCGCCGCCUCCUUUCGCUCGCCGCCGCUGCCGUCGGCCACGACGUGGCUAUCCCAGCCAACCAGACCGAGCCCAUUCCCUUCUACAACUAACCCACACCUGUCCCCAUCGCCCUGCAAGCAGCCAGAGGUCUGCUACCGCCUCACCUGUUAUGAAACGACCCAGAUUGAGGGAGGAGGAGAAGAAAAGUCCAAAAAAG